GAACCCACGUCACAUUUCCCUCAGUCCUUCCACCAUAGUCUGAGCUUCUUCCUAACAUCCAUCAUAAGCUCCGGCACAUCAUCGAUGAGAUGGUGACCACAGAGAGGGAAUAUGUACGAUCCCUCUGGUACAUCAGUGAGAACUAUUUCCCCGAAAUGGAUCGCAUGGACCUCCCCCAGGACCUCCGCGGGAAAAGGGGCAUCAUCUUUGGCAACCUGGAGAAGCUGAGGGACUUCCACAGACAGUAUUUCCUGAAGGAGCUGGAGAGCUGCUGCAACCACCCUCUGCGUGUCAGCCACUGCUUUCUCCGACAUAAAGACCAGUUUGGGAUGUACGCCUUAUACAGCAAGAAUAAGCCCCAGUCCGACUUGUUACUAGCCAGCCACGGGAACAUAUUCUUUAAGAAUAAGCAGCGGCAGCUGGGAGACAAGAUGGACCUGGCCUCGUAUCUGCUGAAGCCCAUCCAGCGAAUGAGCAAGUACGCUCUGCUCCUGAAGGACCUGAUCAAGGAGUGCAGCGAGGCUCAGGAACAUGAGCUGGUGUACCUGCGCGCCGCCGAGGAAAUGGUGAAGUUCCAGCUCCGUCAUGGCAAUGACCUCCUAGCCAUGGACGCCAUACGGGACUGUGAUGUGAAUCUAAAGGAACAAGGGCAGCUGGUGAGACAGGACGAAGUCACAGUGUGGUUGGGCCGGAGGAAGUGCCAGAGACACGUCUUCCUGUUCGAGGAUCUCAUCUUAUUCAGCAAGCCCAAGAGGAUUGAAGGGGGACUGGAUGUCUACAUAUACAAACGCUCAUUUAAAACAGCAGACAUCGGCCUGACAGAGAAUUCCGGAGACAGCGGGCUGCGCUUUGAAAUUUGGUUCAGGCGACGUAAAUCCAACGACACACACAUUCUCCAGGCGAGCAACGCCGACAUCAAGCAGGCCUGGACCGUGGACAUUCCUAAAAUCCUCUGGCAGCAGGCGACCAGGAAUAAGGAGGUCCGCAUGCAGGAAAUGGUCUCUAUGGGUGUUGGCAACAAGCCGUUUCUGGACAUAAAGCCAAGUGACGCAGCAAUUAACAACCGCGCUAUUGAUUACAUCAUGAAGGGGAGAGGUGCCAGGACCAGGGCGUCUAUUGCGGUGUCCUUAUUUGAUCAUUCAGAUCCUUACAAAAGGACCCAGGCCCCCAUCACUUGCAGCUCUGUGCCCUCUGCUUGCGGACCCUCCUCGGCUUCACUGCUGGGUCCUCUAAACCUGCAUAUGUAUGUCAAUCAGACCCUUCUGCCCGGAGUUCUCUCCGCCAACAGACCCUUUGAGACGAGCAGCUGCCUGGAGGAAGACGAGUUGGAGAAUGAGACGAGUUGCAGUCAGCCUUCCAUGACCACAGAGAGCUCGGAGUCCUCGCAGUGCAUGUCUGGUGCUGGAUCCAGUGGCUCGGACAGCGGCUGCGUCUCCAGUAUUCCGCAGGACAACCUGUCUGAAGAUGCCGGUUCUCCCUGCGAUGCCUCGGCACAGUACACCUUUUCCAUAAGGAGGAACAGUUCCAGCAUCAUCUCCCCGGUUGUGGAAAAAUCCAGAUUCAUCAACCGCCAAUACAUUUCCGCAAACCCACGUCACAUUUCCCUCAGUCCUUCCACCAUAGUCUGAGCUUCUUCCUAACAUCC